AUGGCCUCAGGAUAUGUCUUACCGCCGCCGGCGCCGCUGGAGAUACACAAUAGCAAUGCUGCUGACAAAUGGAAGCGAUUUGUGCUCGCUUGGAAAAACUACUCGUUGGCGACUGGGUUGAACGAGAAAGCUGAAGCCGUACAAGUAGCUACGUUGCUAACAGUUAUCGGUGAAGAGGCGAGAGAAGUCUACUCGACAUUUACCCUGACCGAAGGAGAAACAGACAAGAUAAAGCCUGUCAUAAAGAAAUUCGCCGAGUACUGUCAACCAAGAAAGAACGUGCCGUUCGAAAGAUUCCGUUUCAACCAGCGAAUGCAAGAGCCUGGAGAGUCCUACGAGCACUAUAGAACAGCGCUGAGAAAAUUGGCCGAGUCCUGCGAGUUUGAUACGAUUACGCCAGACGAAAUACUUCGAGAUCGGUUGUUAUUUGGAAUACAUGACACGAAGGUCAGAGAAAGGUUGUUACGCGAGUCCAAAUUAACACUAGCGAAAACAGAUGAAAUUUGCCGAGCGGCUGAGAGUAUGCUUGCUCAGAUGAAAAUAGUCAAAGAUACAUCUGAGACAGACGUCAAUGCCGUGAGUAAAUUCGAGUCGAAGAAACCCAACAAAAAAAAUUAUCGGCGAAAGCAACGAGGUCAAGGCAAACAAUGUGACAAUUGUGGAUACCAACAUAUGGCAAAUCAGGAAUCGUGUCCCGCACGAGGAAAGGACUGCCGGAAGUGCGGAGCGAAAAAUCACUUUGCCAAUAGAUGCAAACAGGAAGUCAAAGCUACCGAAGUCGAAGAAACAGAUAUGUAUCCUGAGGAGACAUAUCAAACGGAGGAAGUAUUGGCCGUCUGGUUGGAUGAUUCGCAGCUGGUCACAUUUCAAUCAGAGUCUGGAAGUUUCAUCCGUUUCCAACCUGAUACUGGUGCACAAUGCAAUGUGUUGCCAGUGCACAUAUACAAGCAGGCGUGUAACGACCACAAGCUAGUAAAAGUGAAACCCGUGCAAACGUCCUUAGUGGCGUAUGGGGGAUCAAAGAUCAAAGUCGUCGGGCAUGUCACCAUUAGACCAUGA